CGUGCUUUCCAGGAAAAUAUGAACAAAACGGUGCCUGUAUAUCGUUGUUUACAUAUACAUCUAGACUUAGAUACACUUUAUCGCUGAAUAUGAAGUUUGUAAAACUUACAGAAAAUAAUGAGACACACGAAGUUCUGUUACGAAGCUUACGAAAUCAUAUCACUACUACAAUAGAAAAAAUAAUCAGUCACAAUGUUUUUGUAGAAGAUUUGUUCAUUAAAAGUCCGUACAUUUGCAGUGCCACUAAUGUGAGAAAUGGUGAUUUACUCGUAUACCUUCAGGUCUUCCAACCACAUUUUCUCUUAAACAGGGAUGCAGUGGAAUCAAAGCUAAUAAAUUUCACUCAAACUUCAUCAAACUGGACGCUUGAUGAUAAUUCUGAUGUUACUGUCACAGUAACGAGGAGUGGAGAAUCACUUAUGUUACCGCAUCUGGCAUUGAAACUUAGCAAGGAACAAAAUUGCUUUAUAAAGGCGAAUUCACGUUAUAGUGCAAUAAGCAUUUUUAAAAAUAUAUUGGUUAGUCCGAUUCUAACGUGCCUACAAAUUCACUUGAAAGGCAAUGAAUUUGGUGUUGAUUGGACUAAUAUUCAAAAUGAAUAUUACUACUCUGGAUUUUCAAUUUCAGUCCAUAAAUUUGAAUCAUAUUUUGAUGGUGGAUUAAGAGUUUGUGCCAAGGACAUACAAAUGUACAUACAGACGCUGGAAGAGAUCUUGAUUCAUGAAAAUCGAACUUUGUCAUAUAUAACUUUGUCACUUAUUUGUGUAUCACUUUUGUUCUUGUUGAUUACAUUCCUUACCUAUUGUGCGUUUCCAAGUCUACGUACCCUUCCUGGUUGGAACAAUUUGCUUUUGGUUUUCUUUUUGUUUUUUGCACAACUUUGUAUAGUAGUCAGACCGUUUUUUCGUUCAACGGCAAUGGUUUUAGUAUCCGCUUUAACCCACUUUUUCUGGUUAUCAACGUUUUUUUGGCUUCAAGUAUGUUCCUUUCACAUGUUUCGUGUUUUUCACACAGAGACACGUAGUGUACGUACCAAAUCAUACAAUCGACUGACUAUUGUAAAAUACCUCGCGUACGCCACCGGUAUCUCGGUUUUAAUAGUCUCCGCUAAUAUCACUGUGUCUUUGAUUAUUACGAACGGCGAGUUCACUGGCUAUGACAAAUUAAUGACUUUGAUGACGAGUAGAACGGCUUUUAUUGUCACACUGAUCGGACCUUUGUUGAUCGUCUGUAUUACUAAUAUCACGUUUUACAUAAUGACCGCCUACAAGAUACACUCCACACCCAAUGUUGAGAGUACGACAGGCUAUCGUAUUCAACUCACCGUAUACGUCAAACUGUUUACUCUAACGGGUGUGUCGUGGCUGCUACAAGUUGUGGACACUUUCAUCGGCGUUUCUGUCCUCUCUUACAUCAUUGCUAUCCUGAAUGGUCUACAGGGUUUGUUCCUUUUCACAAGCUACGUGUAUAAUAACCGGGUGUUUAAUUUGUACAGAAAGGCGUUCAACAAGUUUGGCUCGUCCCGAAGAAGUUCUCACCACUCGUCUACUCAUACGAGUACUUAAUCAAUGCAACACUAAUCGUUAGGAACAAACAAUAAUGUCCUUGCACUAAAUUGUUUAAUUGCCAAUGAUAAGAAAAACGUUUUUUACAAUCUAUACCUGAUUGUAUUUUACAGAUAAAGCAACAAAACAAAUCUUUUAAACUAACCUUUGAUACUAGUAUUGACUAUAGAGAAACUGACAGAUGAACAAAACUACCCAAUAUGAUUUCAUGCUACAUAUUGAGUCCUACACAGAAGAUAUAUACUUUAUUCUCAAAAUAAAAGUGAAAGUAUUGCGUUUUUUUUAAUAAAUAGAAAAAUCGAAUACGUACAUUAAAUGUCCUUAGUAUAUGAAAAAACACAUAUUAAAUAACCACGCGAAAAAGAACAUAAUCGAUACAAAGUUAAUCCUGCAAGUAAUUUUCUUAUCCAAACUUUUUUUAAUUCAAGCUAUCUGAAAAAAAAGUACAGCUAGGUUUUUUUUUUAAACUAAUUGGACUUAUCUAAAUAUAUGUAUAUGUAUUUAUUGUAUGACUUUUUGCAAUUUUCUUUUCUGUUUUUUAUUGUGUCACCAUUAAAAGUCAUUAAUUCUCUUUGUGUAUAUAUUGCAUCUGCUUUUUCAAUUGGAUAAAAUGUCAAUUUUGUAAUAUUUUUUGAAUUUAUUGUACUACGAUUCAUGGUUUUUAAAUCCUUUCGUCUUUUUACAAAUAACAAUUAAUAUAAUAAGUAUUCAAAAUUCUUAAAAUUUAAUUAGAUAUAGAAUAAAUAAUGAAAAUAAUUAGAAUUAAAACUAGCCUAAUAAUUCAAUCUAAUUAAAAUUAGAACGUCCAUCCGCUCCCCGGUUUUCGAUAUGUUGUGUAAAAUUAGAACUUCCAUCCGCUCCCCGGUUAUCGAUAUGUCCCGUGGAAACCGGGGAGCGGAUGGAAGUUCUAAUUUUAAUUAGAUUGCCUAAUAAUUAUGCAGAUUUCACCGAGCCAGUCGUUACAGAUGCUUCUGCAAUCAUGUUUGAGCUUUAUCUGCAUCCUAAAAAAUUUUAAAACUGAAGAAAGCAAUUGAUUUACUUUUAGUGAAGCCAGGAUUUUUACUUUCAUGUACAUGAAGCCUUCACCGCGCAUUUACGAUAAAAAAAACACUCAGUCUACUGAUAUUUGAUUAACGACGCGGUGUUACUUUUAAUUUGUUUUUAUAUGAAAAAUUUUAAAAGCCUAUAAUUAUUCAUGUUUUUGGAAUUAAAUACAAAAUUUGUUGUUACUGAGAAAGAAUAACGGUAUUUUUCUUAAAAACUCAAUUUGAUGUUUCUUGUUGUACAACCGUAUUGUGUGUUGUUUUUUUAAUUUUAUAAAAACUAAGUUAAAG